AUGGUCUCACCAAUACUAGUUGUCACGCCUCUGGAGCGUCAUUUUACAUGCCUUGUGAAUGAUCCCGCGUGCCUGCCGGUCACUCGUCAGAGUCUACCUGGCAAUGGACCUCCCUACACCACCGUCUAUCCCAUUGUUGUGGAGACCUUCGGCCCCAACGGCGUGGAGGACCACACCUACCUCGUCACCCAAGUAUGUCCGACUUGGCCCUGCAUGCCCGCCACGGGUUUGCCCCCGGGCUUCUCUGCCUCUGUCGCUACAUGCACUGCCUGCGGCCCUUCGCCCGUCACGGCCACUCUUACCGUUCCCUGUGAGGGCACUCCAGCUGUCUCCAUCACGACUUACGAGCGCGUCUACGACUACUUCUGCGAGACUGGCCUUGGCCCGAGCACCUAUGUCGUCACGCAGACCUGCCCGAACCAAGGGCCUUGCUCCGUCCCUGCGUCCACUAUCGUCCCGCCCAACUUUACUGCUGUCCAGUCGGUUUGCAAUGCUGGCUGCGGUCCAACCCCCAUCACUGCUACGCUCACGGUCCCUAUAACGCCGGUGGCAGUCGCGACGGGUACCGGUAUUUGCCCUGGGUGCGCUGCUCCUACAGCCACGUCCCCCGUCAUGGCCGGUGCGCCAAAGUCUCAGCAAAACUCGAACCUCGUUGGUCUGGUCGCUGGCCUACUGAGCCUCCCUCUUCUGGUUGCCGGCCUGCUGUGA